AUGUUUCUUGAUCCUGAAUUGAUAAAUGAAGCAUAAGAUUCCUCAGUUUAGAAUUAGUAAUUGAAUUCAAGAUAUCAGCCAAAGGAAAGGUCUAAUAAUUUAAAUCGAUUUUAAUUAAAGUAGAAAGAUGAAUCCAAAUAAGAUAAUAAACCUCUGACUAGAAUUUAAUAAGUAUUAUGUAAUUUAAUGAAAUUAGAGAGAAAUGGAGAUUUCUAAAAAGUAGGCUGAAUCCUAGAUUUAAGAUGAUAAUGAUUUGGCCGAAAGUCUGGUUCAAUUUGAUUCGGAUGAUGAAAAAAAUGGAGCAAAUUAGAUUAUCAAUCCUUUAAUUCUUAGCUAAUAAGAAUAAGAAGAAUAAUAUGUAAUUAUACACCUUAAUUAUAGUAACAAUAACAUGUAAGAACAUAAAAACCAAAGACUUUUGAUUCAAUUAGUGCAUUGCAUAAUAAUGCCUAAUAUAGAAAGAAACUUGGUUAGAAUGAGUCUUCGUAUGGUUAAGACUAUGAUUUAAACAUUGAAUAAGUAAAUAAUUACCACAAUUUUAGUUAACCAUAAUUGGGAAUAAUCAUAAUAAGUAUUAUGAACCAGGAUAAUAAAUUACUAAAAAUAAUGAUCUUCCUUAACUUUCAAAAUAAAAUAAUAACUUAUAAUUUGAUUAUACAAAAAAAACAUCUGAAAAUUAAAAUGUGUCAAAAUUAGAGGAAGAUUAAGUUUAAAAUAAAUCUUCUAAAUAUUAAUAAUUAGAUGAAUAAAAUGGAUAAUUUGAGGAUAUUAUUUAAAUAGAUAAUAAUUAAUCUGAAAUUGUUUAAGAAAAUACUGAUAAAAAUAAAGAAAAACAAAAUUUUGUUCUUUUUGAAAAUUUAAACAAUGAAAAUGAAAAAUAGGAAAACAUAAUAGAAAAUUCUUCAAAUUUAAUAUUUGAAGGAUAAUAACAAAUAUCUUAAGAGGAGCAGUAAUUGUAAUCAAAAUAGUAAUAAUAAUAAUAAUAAUAAUAAUAAUAAUAAUAAUAAUAAUAAUAAUAAUAACCAAAAUAAACUUGUCCUUAUCCUAAACCAUUAGUUUCAAUAUCAAUGCCUUAUGGUAAGAAGCAUUUUCUGGUAAAUCCAGUAGAGAGAGGAGGAAUGAUUUAAUGUACAAUAAAAAGAGAUAGAAGUGGAAUGUGUAGAUUUUAUCCUAAAUAUCAUAUGCAUGUUUCAAAUGGAUUUUUAUAUUUAAUGAGUGCAAAAAAAAGAGCGUGUAAUAAUACAAGCAAUUAUAUUAUUUCAUAAUCAAGAGAUGAUAUGGAAAAAAGUGACAAUUUCUUAGGUAAAGUUAGGAGCAAUUUUAUGGGAACUGAAUUUGUCUUAUAUGAUUCAGGGUUAAAUCCAGAGAAAACAAAAGAUCCAUAAAAAUUUAGACAACAGUUAGGAAUUGUUCAGUAUGAAAGUAACAUACUUGGUUCAAAAGGACCUCGUAAAAUGGUGGUAAAUCAUUUGAGUAAAUGAAGGUUUUAUUGCCAAAUUUGAAUGAUCGAGAUUAAUUGUAUGAAUUCAAACCUUCUAAUUCAAAAGAUGGAAUAUUAAAAGAAUAUUUAAACAAUAAUAGAGAUUAAAUUAUCACUUAUGUAAAUAGACCCCCAUAAUGGAACAGUAAACAUAAAGCAUUUGUCUUAAAUUUUUAUUAAAGAGUAGAUAAACCUAGUGUUAAAAACUUUCAACUUAUUGAAGACUAGAAGGAGGAUAAUAUAUUAUUGUAGUUUGGGAGAGUUGGGGAAGAUCUAUUCAAUUUAGAUUUCUAAUAUCCUAUUACUCCACUUUAAGCAUUUUAAAUUGCAUUAACUAGUUUUGAUUACAAAAUUGCAUGUGAAUGA